CCUGAUCGCGCUUCAGUCGCGCGCGGAUUUCGUGCAGGGCUGGUGCAGUGGACCACGUGGACGCGACGCGCACAACCUCCGCUGGAAGGGAUCACCGCUCGCUGCCCCCGACGCCUGCGGCCAACCCCCUGCGCGACGGCAACAUGGACGCCGUGUACCCAGAGCCGCUGUCGCGCCUGCACCGGCGGGCCGUGCGCAAGCCGGCGCACCGCAGCUGCGGCGGCCGCUACCGCACGCAGCCCGUCACUUUCGCCGAGAUCAAAGAGGUGGACGAGGAGAACCUGGACGAGGGCGCCCCGGAGCAGACCGCUGGCACCGCCAGCAAAUCCGAACUCGAUCUCAACUCGAAAUUUGAAGAAUUCUGGCGAGCGGGCCGGGAGAAGGCGAAGGAGAAGAAGCGCAAGAAGGAGCUGAACAAGCUGUCGACCGAGAGCGCCGGCAGCAACCCGUCCUCCCCGUCGCCGUCGCCCACGUCCCCCGCGUCCCCCGCGGCCCCCACGGCCCCCGCGCCGCCGGCGCCGUCCGGGCCCGCCGCCCCGCUGCCUCCCGGGCUGGCGGCGCCGCGGCCCUCGAUA